UAACAAGAAACCCAGGUGAUGAAAAUCUGUGUUAUUUUAAAAGCUCUGGCUUUGAGGCCUGUUUUAGAAAGCAUAGGUAGAUUGGUGAUAGUUUUGUCUAUAAUCAAGAUGACCGUUUCAAACAUUAUGUUUUUGGUCUUUUUGUGUCACCAAUUGGUGCUCAAUGGAUUUGCUUCUCCAGUUGGCCGUCAUUUAUACCAGACUGGUAUUGAGCAAGUACGCUUGGAAAAUAAAGAUGGCCCCUUGUCUCUUCCUUAUUUGAACAAGCAAAAUCCAACACGGCCAGUGGUAGCAAAGUGUAAUAUGGCUAUUGUGCUGUCGUUGAAGAAUACAUCUGGGCUAGUUGUCCAAAAAGGCAUUAAUGAGAAUUUCACUGAGUCCAGCCCUUUCCCUGCUGAGGUUGAUGGGAAGUUGACGGAGUCCAGCCACGUCCCCGCGGAGGAGUCCAGCCACGUCCCCGCGGAGGAGUCCAGCCACGUCCCCGCGGAGGAGUCCAGCCACGUCCCCGCGGAGGAGUCCAGCCACGUCCCCGCGGAGGAGUCCAGCCACGUCCCCGCGGAGGAGUCCAGCCACGUCCCCGCGGAGGAGUCCAGCCACGUCCCCGCGGAGGAGUCCAGCCACGUCCCCGCGGAGGAGUCCAGCCACGUCCCCGCGGAGGAGUCCAGCCACGUCCCCGCGGAGGAGUCCAGCCACGUCCCCGCGGAGGAGUCCAGCCACGUCCCCGCGGAGGAGUCCAGCCACGUCCCCGCGGAGGAGUCCAGCCACGUCCCCGCGGAGGAGUCCAGCCACGUCCCCGCGGAGGAGUCCAGCCACGUCCCCGCGGAGGAGUCCAGCCACGUCCCCGCGGAGGAGGUUGAUGGGAAGUUGACUGAGUCAAGCCCUGUCCCCCCUGAAGAGUCCAGCCACGUCCCUGCAGAGGAAUCCAGCCCUCUUUCUGCCGAGGUUGAUGGGAAGUUGGAGUCCAGCCCUCUUCCCACUGAGGAAUGCAGCCCUCUCCCCGCUGAAGAAGUUGGGAAAUUGAAAGAGCCAAGCACUGUCCCCGCAGAAGAAUCCAGCUCUCCCCCUGCUGAGGUUGAUGGGAAGUUGACCGAGCCAAGCACUGUCCCCGCAGAAGAGUCCAGCCAUGUCCCUGCUGAGGUUGAUGGGAAGUUGACCGAGCCAAGCACUGUCCCCGCAGAAGAGUCCAGCCAUGUCCCUGCUGAGGUUGAUGGGAAGUUGACCGAGCCAAGCACUGUCCCCUCUGAAGAGUCCAGCCAUGUCCCCGCAGAAGAAUCCAGCUCUCCCCCUGCUGAGGUUGAUGGGAAGUUGACCGAGCCAAGCACUGUCCCCUCUGAAGAGUCCAGCCAUGUCCCCGCAGAAGAAUCCAGCUCUCCCCCUGCUGAGGUUGAUGGGAAGUUGACCGAGCCAAGCACUGUCCCCGCAGAAGAGUCCAGCCAUGUCCCUGCUGAGGUUGAUGGGAAGUUGACCGAGCCAAGCACUGUCCCCUCUGAAGAGUCCAGCCAUGUCCCCGCAGAAGAAUCCAGCUCUCUCCCUGCUGAGGUUGAUGGGAAGUUGACCAAGCCAAGCACUGUCCCCUCUGAAGAGUCCAGCCAUGUCCCCGCAGAAGAAUCCAGCUCUCUCCCUGCUGAGGUUGAUGGGAAGUUGACUGAGCCAAGCACUGUCCCCUCUGAAGAGUCCAGCCAUGUCCCCGCAGAAGAAUCCAGCUCUCCCCCUGCUGAGGUUGAUGGGAAGUUGACCGAGCCAAGCACUGUCCCCUCUGAAGAGUCCAGCCAUGUCCCCGCAGAAGAAUCCAGCUCUCCCCCUGCUGAGGUUGAUGGGAAGUUGACCGAGCCAAGCACUGUCCCCGCAGAAGAGUCCAGCCAUGUCCCUGCUGAGGUUGAUGGGAAGUUGACCAAGCCAAGCACUGUCCCCUCUGAAGAGUCCAGCCAUGUCCCCGCAGAAGAAUCCAGCUCUCUCCCUGCUGAGGUUGGUGGGAAGUUGACCGAGCCAAGCACUGUCCCCUCUGAAGAGUCCAGCCAUGUCCCCGCAGAAGAAUCCAGCUCUCCCCCUGCUGAGGUUGAUGGGAAGUUGACCGAGCCAAGCACUGUCCCCGCAGAAGAAUCCAGCUCUCUCUCUGCUGAGGUUGAUGGGAAGUUGACUGAGUCUAGACCUGUCCCUGCUGAACAGUCCAGCCAUGUCCCUGAGGUUGAUAGGAAGAUGUGCUUAUGUUCAUCUCCAUAACUGUCACCUUUCAGAUCUUGUUUUAAGUCAAUAAAACCAGUUAUUUUUCUGGAAAA